CGGCGGGAGAGGGAGCGGCCUGUAUAUGCCUGUGUUUUUUUUUCUCUUCAUCCUGGUAUUUUGUCAUCCUGGUCUCUUGGACGUUGUCAAAAAGUGCCCGUACUUCAAAACAGGAAAUUGAGUAUGAACACAAUUGAAGACGAAUCUGGCACAGUUACCUUGGAAACAAUCAGAGCAGUAACCAUAGGCCAGGAUACAGAAGGCAAUCUGAUCUUACAUUGCCCUCAAAACGAUUUAGAAUCUGAGGAAAAUCAAGAACCCCUGCACAAAAGGCUUUGUUUGUCAACUGAGGAUGAUGCAAGUCUUGAAUCUACGGGCAUUGCUGGCCCAUUUGCAGCAGUACAAUCCGUUGUUACACUUCCAAUUUCAGACAAUGACCAAAGUUUUGAGGUAACCAUGACGGGAGAGGCAGCAUCCGAGCUGACUCAUGCAUCUGAAAUUGAAGGAAAUGAAACUGUUACUCAGAUACAGGUUCUGCACAAUGAAGAUCACAUGGAUGGUAUUUCUCCCCAAAACAAUGAAGAUUUGGACCCUGUUAGUCAAGCCUGGUUUACAACGAAAGAAGAUAAGGAUACGCUACAGAAUAAAGGCCACAAAUGGAAGCAGGGGAUGUGGUCAAAAGAAGAAAUAGACAUUUUAAUGAGCAAUAUUGAAAACUACCUACAGAUACAUGGACUAAGUGAUGCCACGGAGGUCAUAUUUGAAAUGUCGAAAGAUGAAAGAAAAGAUUUCUACCGAACCAUAGCAAGAGGUCUUAAUCGGCCAUUGUUUGCAGUCUAUAGACGAGUACUUAGGAUGUACGACAAUAGAAACCAUGUUGGAAAGUAUACACCACAGGAAAUUGAAAAACUUAAGGAGCUACGUUUGAAGCAUGGUAAUGACUGGGCAACUAUAGGGGCUGCUCUGGGAAGGAGUGCUUCUUCAGUAAAAGACCGGUGCAGAUUGAUGAAAGACACUUGCAAUACAGGUAAAUGGACAGUAGAUGAAGAAAAACGACUUGCAGAGGUGGUCCAUGAACUAACUGCCACAGAUCCUGGUGACAUUGUCACUCAGGGUGUCUCUUGGGCUGCAGUCGCUGAACGGGUCGGCACCCGUUCUGAAAAGCAGUGUCGUUCCAAGUGGCUAAAUUACCUCAACUGGAAGCAGAGUGGAGGGACAGAAUGGAGCAAAGAUGAUGAAAUAAACCUAAUUUUAAGAAUUGCAGAACUCAAUGCAGAGGAUGAAAGUGAGAUUAACUGGGAUAUCAUGGCAGAAGGCUGGAGUAGUGUCCGAUCUCCACAGUGGCUGAGAAGUAAAUGGUGGACCAUCAAGCGGCAGGUUACAAAUCAUAAAGAUUUGACAUUUGCAGAAUUGGUAGACAGUUUGAGACAAUUGGUAGAGACCCUAAAGCAACCACACGUCCCAGUGCAUCAAUUACCCGAGUGUCAAACUGGAUCAAGUUCACGCAAUUCAAAUUCAUCCUCUGUUCAGCAUUUGCGGGUUCGAUUAGCUCAAAUGGAGGAAAGCAACAGUGUCCCCAACAGUCCAGUGGCUGCUCUGCAGAUUCCUGUGCAAAUUACUCAUGUUGCAUCUGGUGAUUCCUGUGGUAGCAGUACAGAUUGUGAAACAAUAACGCUAAAUGCAGGGACUCUGCAGAGAUUUGAAUUCCUACCUUCUUUCAGGUUACAGCCCACAGGAACACCAGGAACCUACCUGAUCCAGACUAGCUCAAGUCAAGGUCUUCCUAUAACACUGACAACAAGUCCAACAGUUACCCUUACCUCACCAUCCUCUCCAGAACAGAUUAUUGUGCACACGCUCUCACCUGAGGCUCUUCUUCACAGUACUAAUGAAAAUGUCAGCGUACAAAUGACACAACCAAGUGUCAUCAUCCAUGCCGUUGCCACUGAUGACAUCACUUCUUCAAUAACCCAAGCUGACUUGACUGUUGACUCCACAAUUGACCACACAGAUUUGACAGAGAAUCAGAUUAAUUCCACAUCACUUGAAACUGAUGCCUACAGCGAGAUUGAUCAUGCAAAGUUAACUGAAGACCAAAGCAUGGUUCAUACAGACCUUACUGAAACGGCAAUUGCCCGCUCAAAUCUUAACUCUGAUAGUAGAGAAGAGGUGAUGGGUUCAGAAGUAAAUAUUGAUGAGUCUGACCUCAGACAGGAUGUUGAAGUGCAAUCUGAUCUAAGUGGUGCUUAUGUGACUGAGGCUCUCCGUUCCCCCAACAUUGAAUCAGGCAUUGAUGAAGAAACAACACUUAUUGUUUCAUCAAAUCAUGGGUUUAUUCAGUCAACAGAUGAUAUUGACAAUGACUCAGUUUUGCCAUUAACAACAUUGACUGAUUCCAAGACCUCAACUACUUAUAAUAUGACAAGCCCUUAUUCCUGGGAUCAGCUCUGUAAAGCUCAAGGAACUUAGAACAUCCUCCUCAAAUUUGGUUCCCUGCAGAAAUUCAUCACCAUUCUCCACCAGCGAUGCAGAGUAAUAUCAGCAGUGCGGUCCAAUUCCUGUACCAGAUGAGGUUACAAUGAAGGACUCUUCUCAAUUAAUUCUCAGAUAAAACCACCACCAGUCAUCUCUAAGAGCAUCUCUGUGAUCUAGUAGGACUAUGAUGACUCUACUUUUUACCUUUACAGCUCAUGGGUUAGCAUCUCUCAAGCAUCAAGGCUGUGGUUACUGUAAGGCAUGUUGGGCAAGCUGCAUCAUCCACAAGCCUGAAGACUCCAAAACAAGCUUUUUACUCCAUCACAGCAAGCAGUUACCAGGUGGAAAACACAAGAAUGUCCUCACAACUGUCCUGAAAAAAACAUAAUCACCAACUCUUGCCACAGACAAAAGAAACUGGAGAACAAGUAUCCUUAACAGGACAAGGUGGCAACUGAAUGCAAACAAGGACUGUGUGAAAACCUCUGGAUUCCAUUCCCAUCUCAUCAAACACUGCUCACCUCACCAGUGACAGUGUGCGCACAUCCUGCGUUAGUCUAGUCAGUCAUCUCAGGACAACUCCAGAAUACAAGAUCAUCUUUGGUCUCCAGGGACUGCCUAAUAAGGAUGGUCAGGUUUGCGGGAAAAGGCAAACAUUUGCAGACAAAAUUUAAAGCAGAGGAGUUUGAUGUAGUACAUAUAGAAGAUUGAGAAGAUCAAAGAAGACUUUAAUUUAUAUACUGUUGUGCUUUUCAUAACGUCAAAGUCUCAAAGCAAUUUAUAGCCACUGAAAUAUAAUCACUGAUGAAUGCAUGAAAUACAGCAGCUAUUUUGUGAUGAGCAAGCUCCUAAUGAUCAUAAGCAGAUUAUUCUGGUAAUAUUGACUGAAGCGUAACCUCUCUUACAUUGACCGUCAGACAGAUAAGGUCUCAGUUUAUCAUCCUAUCCAACUAAUAACAUCACCAGUGUAGCAUUCACUCAGUAAGUGCACUGGAGAGUUAGCCUGGAUUAUGUGCUCAAGGUUGGAGUGGGACUUCAACACUGAGUCUUCGUGGCUCCAAGACAACUGAGCCACAGCUGACUUGCAAGAGGAGGCACAAUAUAAAGGAUGUAAUUUUGAAAGGGUGCAGAAUCAGAUAUCUGGGGUAUAUGUGCACAGACUACUGAACAUGAAUUGCUUGAGAAAUGGGUAAAAGGGUGUAUGAUUAUGGGUUUCAAAAAGAAAGUAUAAAAGCUGUUCAGGGGCAGGAAAGAGAAAAACCAAAAGAACUGCAGAUGCUGCAAACCAGAAACACACACACAUUGCUAGAAAAUCUCAACAGAUCUGGCAGCAUCUGUGGAGAGAAAUCAGAAUUAACAUUCCAGGUCGAGUGACUCCUCUUCAGAACUGAUGGGAGCUAGAAAAAAGAUUUUUUUUCAUGUAUAAGAAGGGGGAGAGGGUAAGGAGUAAACAAUAGGUCAAGAUAGAACCUAAAAAGAGAAAACAACAGUUGGCCAGACUGAGGAGUGGAUGACAGUCAGCCGAGGGGAAUGAAUAAUUGCUAAUGGGGACUAUUGAUGGGUUGUGGCUAACAAUGGGCCUAGUGAGAGGGUUUUGGAGUAAGAACAUGGGAGGUGCCUGAAGCCCUAAAAUUGUUGAACUCAGUAUGGAGUCCAGGAGGCUGUAGAAGUCCCCAAGAGGAAAAUAAGGUGCUCUUCGUGUAGCUUGUGCUGAGCUUCGCUGGAGCACUGCAGCAAGCCUGAGAGACAUUGGCCAGGAAACAAGUUGGUAUGUUGAAACUUUUAUAGAUCACUGGUCUGGCCUAGAUGGCAUAGUUGUAUCAGUGAUAAUGGGAACUGCAGAUGCUGGAGAAUCCAAGAUAAUGAAAU